AUGUCGAAGAACAUUGUAGAUGUUUUGAGGCUGAUAAUGUAUAUGGCCCUAUUGUUGGAAUUGCAAAAGAAUGGUUCAAACGAGAAAGUAACAUUAUUAGGAUCGGGAAUUGCAGAGGUGUUGGAUGCGGAAAAGAUAUUAAAGUUAAAUAGUGAUUAUGAGAUUUAA